AUGCGACCAAUUUUUAUCUGGGUGGUGCUAGCGGUCGCGGCUGCGGAAGUAGCCGAAGAACCCUGGGUUGAAGAAGAGGAUGUGGGCGACAUAGAUGAUGAUUACGAUACGUACAGAACACGCCGAGACAUUCAUGACACACGACCUUUCGAGGAGCACGUACGUGUGAAACGAUGCUGUGAAGAACCGAGGAUUCGGCGCUCAGCACAAUAUGUUCGAGUACCUCGACAUCUUCACCAGUAUGAAGUCCACGAAUUCACAGAUGACUCUGAAAUGGCCUCACCGCCUUACGAAGAAAUGCUUGCAGCAAGCGCUAACCAUUACCACAAAGUGUACGCCCCAGCCCCUCGUCACUUAAAACCUGAUGUGAUAAGUGGAAACGUAGCCGAAGCCAUUAAGAUUGCUCCAUUGGAAGUGAUAGAACCUGUUCAAUUUGUUGCAAGUCCACAAGUGGCGGUUCCUAUAGCAGCUGUCAACCUUCCAGGAGAGAAUCCUUUGCCUGUAGCUUCGGAGCCACUGAUCCAGGCGACGAGCCAGUUAGCUGCGGGUGACCAAUACCCAGCUUCAAGUGGUCAUAAAACAAACCAUGCUCAUGGUCAUACUCAAGGGGGAGGUCACGCAAACCAUGCAGGACACUACGGAGAAAAAGGAGGGAAGGCCUCCAAAGGUUACCACACCAAUCAUUAUCUUGAUAAAGGCAACAAAGGCCACAAAACAGAUGAACACCAUAAAAAAGAGUACGAGGAAGCCGCCGGCAAGAAGAAGAAACAUCACGACAACGCUGGACAUAAGGGGAGCCAUGAAGAAGAAGCCUUCGGUCAUCGCGGAGCACAGUUCGAUGAGAAGAAAGGGCACAAGAAAGGACACAAAACUAAAGGCUUUCACAACAAGUACCAUAAAGACGAAUUCCACAAAGAGCACAAGUUCUACGACGACUUCCACAAGAGUGGUGAGCACCACCGCUAUGGCAAGUUCAACGCCAAGCACGCCAGCAAUGAGAGCGGUAAGAAGAAAGCUCACCACGUCAAUGCUGGGCACGACUUUGUUGAAAAAGGAAAGAAAGGUUACAGCAACAAAGGCUACGUUGACGCCGAUCAUAAGGGCCACCACGGGAAACACGGCCACGAGCAGCACCACGACCACCACUCCCAACAGGGCAAGAAAGGUGGGAAAGGAGGUGGCUCCCAGUACGCAUACAAAAAAAACUAG